UACCUUUUGUUUCGCAGCUGCGGCGCAUCGACCGACGAGCAGGGCAGCAGAAACGUUUCUUUGGAAGAAGAAAAAGAAAGAAAAGAGAAUAUGGAGAGUUUCUGUUUCACCAAAAUGAAAGUAGAAAACUGCGUGUAUGUAGGUUUUGUAACGCUGUGACAGUGAUUCACCUCCGGAUGACUUCAGUCUUACAGUUGAUCCGCGUGCAGUCUGUCACAGCUCUCAGGUGACACCAAGUCCGACUGGAGCACGAUGUCUGAUGACCGAGCCGUCGUUUUCUUUGACCUGGAGGCAACUGGAUUAGACACUGCAGUGUGUGACAUCAUCCAGGUGUCAGCCGUCUGUGGAGAGAAGGCCUUUAAUGUCUACAUUCUCCCCCGUCGCGCCCUCACUGAGAGCGCAGCCCGGGUCACGGGCUUCACUGUCAGCGGUGACCGCCUGUUGCUCCGCGGGGCCCCAGUGGACACCACCCCUCUUGUUGAGGCUCUCACCUCUUUCAUCGCCUUCCUUCGGUCCUUCCGCCGCCCUGUGUUGCUGGUGGCCCAUGGUGCAUUGCGAUUUGAUAUACCAGUGCUCACCAGAGUGCUGAAGCAAUAUUCGCUCUGGCAGGAGUUCCAACAGGUGGUGUCUGGAUUUCUGGAUACCUUGCAGCUAAGCAAGAACCUGUUUCGUGGUCUGGGCAGUUAUUCUCAGGAGUAUAUGGUCCAGCACUUCCUGGGAAAAACCUACAAUGCCCAUAAUGCAGUGGAUGAUGCCAGGAUGCUGCAGGAGCUGUACAAAAUGUGGAGACCUAGCAGAAGGAGUAUUUCGAAGUGUAUCUUCAGUACAACAAUGUUUUGAAAAAGUUACAAAAAAAUCAAAUCAAAUGAGGUAUAAAUUAUAUUUCUGGUCAUAAAAUAAACAGAAAUACAUAAUAAUGUAAUGUAUAAAUAAUGUAUGUUACACCCCAAAGUGAAAGAUAUGCCAUGUUCAUGUCGGAUAAUGAUUUGAUAUUAU